AUGAAGUCCUUCUGUCUGAUCUUCUUCGUCCUGCUCUUGGUGUCCAAAGGGUCUUCAGCAGUCAUCACCGGGGCGUGUGAAAAGGACUCCCAGUGUGGAGAAGGGACGUGUUGUGCAGUGAGUUUGUGGAUCCGCAGCCUGCAUAUGUGCACGCCGAUGGGCGGGGAAGGGGACGAGUGUCACCCCUUGAGCCACAAAGUUCCUUUCUCGAGGAUAAGACUUCACCACAUGUGUCCCUGUCUUCCCAGGCUGCACUGCAUCACUGUAGAGGAAGGACGGUCUAAAUGUCUCUUACCCUACAUAGAGCAAGACUACAUCUGAGCACACUAUUUCUCUUUGAUUACC